UUCGCAACGUGUCUACAAACAGCUGUCAAAAAUUGUUUUCGUCGUUUGUCCCAGCUGCGAAAUCCCAGCAGCUUCAGCAGACGUGAACAAAAUUUAGAAAAUUUCCCUGUAAAAUACUACGUUUUCCUUGAUUAGUUGUUCAAUUUUUAGGAAACUAUAUAUCCCGUGCUCAAUAGUUGAAUAUUUAGGUUGUAGUGCAGCAUCGACAUGGCCUCUAAAGUUACUUUCAAAAUUACGUUGACUUCGGAUCCUAAGCUUCCAUUCAAAGUGCUUAGUGUCCCCGAAGCGACUCCCUUUACGGCCGUCCUCAAGUUUGCUGCCGAAGAAUUUAAAGUUCCACCGGCAACUAGUGCCAUCAUCACGGACGAUGGCAUCGGUAUUAACCCACAGCAGACAGCCGGUAACGUGUUCCUGAAGCAUGGCUCCGAGCUUCGAUUGAUUCCUCGUGAUCGUGUGGGGUCGCAUUGAGGAAGAGAAUAUGUCGUGGGCUUAAAUGGGGGCAAAAUUCCAGCUAGCUAAGAGCAUUUUGGACGAAUUUUCGCUUUUAAUGAUUUGUCUCUAAUCGAUGUAAGUAUUGGUUGUUUACCCGUUUGUUUCCACUUGUUUGAAGAUUUAUUAUAGGUAUUGAAAUUCGGGAAAAUAUAGUUUCAGUUAAUUUGAA